UUUUAAUAACAUUAUGUCACUGUCGUCCAAAAGUUACGCAACGGUUAUGAAUUAUUGCUUAGUUUUACUGUUAUUGCAGGUAUUCAAUUUCCCUCGUGUCGUAAAACUAUUCAUAAAAAUAUAAAAUUUUACUUGUGAACCAUACUUACUCGUCUUAGCUAUACAGUUGAGUAUGAAAAGUAGGAAACUUGUGUACAAAAUACAAUAUACGAUGUGAAAACUAAUUUAAUCGAGAGUAUCAUGCAAGUUACUGUGUUAUUUUCGUUAUUAAUUUCAAUGCACAAAGCCUGGUCAUUCAAUUUACGUAUUUUGGGAGGCGAGGACGCAUCUGAGAGCGAUUAUCCGUACGUAGUGAAAAUAAUGUCCAUAUAUGCGGGGGCUCCACCCAGAGAUACAGAUCGAGUGAUCGAGAGGAAACACGUGUGCACUGGAGCGGUGCUCACUCAGACAUGGACCUUAACGGCUGGCCACUGCGUCGGUGCCGCAAACAGAUUGGUUGAAAAAGAUGUAGUAAGGAAGAAUGUGAUAUGGGCAGCUUCUGUAGCUACACCCGCUAGUGCUGGAGCGCAGAACAGUUCUGGUAUAAUAGUCGAUAUCAAAGCUUUCCACAAGCAUCCAGCCUUCAAAGAUUUGACAUUCACCGGUAAAACAUAUUUAGAAAAUAACGUCGCUAUGGUCCACACUGAUCCAUUAGUUUUAAAAGAAUACGUCAAGGUCAGUGCUAUAGAUUACGGUGGCUUGCUAGGGCAUGAAGCGAAGUCGAUCGGUUACGGCGUAAGUUCGAACCGGUCGAGGAGGAUUGAUAACAAACCUCUGCAGGUGCUGCCGGUGAUUUUAGUGGAGUGUCCGAAAGGGACUGGCAUAUACCCGGUGGUGUGCGCUGCUUCGCGUUGUAGCACACAGCGGCCGGUGCUAUGCGGGCCCGACGGCGGCGGCCCGCUCAUCCACCCCGCCGGCCUCAUCGCCAUCACCAGCUGGAACCCCGAAAAAGACUGCUACGUCCCAUUGAGAUCUCGCCGCCCAGACACCGGAAAGUUGACUCCCAUAAGCCCUUAUCUUACGUGGAUUACAAGUCACAUUAUAAGUGCCAGAUGAAAACUUACGUAACAUUUGUAUUAAAUAAAUAUUUAAAUAAUUGUCAUGUUUUCUUAUUUUCCCUUUACAUAAUAUCAUCCAAUUUUUAUCACAGUUAGCUACUGUAGAAAAUUAGUAGGAAGCUAAGGCUUAUAUAAAAUCGGAUAUGUAGCGAAAUUCGGCUGUUGCGUAGUUCUAACCAAUGCACAAUGACAAAAAUAAUAUUUUCCAGAC